CUGUUUUGAACCCUGGUCAGUACUAUACACUCCAAUCCCAAUCCAAAGCCCAGUUGAGUAUCACUUCAUUUCUUCUGACUUUUAGGUUUUCUCGUUUCUCUCUCUCUCUUCAACUUCUCAGCUUCAACACUCGAACUUCAUUCGCGUGUUUCCGACGAAGAAAAACCAAGAACGUAAUCUCUCUCUCUCUCCAAUGGCAUCAAAGUUCGGCUUAGCCGGCGGUAUUCCAGAGCGAAAGGUUCGUCCAAUAUGGGACGCCAUUGAUUCUCGACAGUUCAAGAACGCUCUCAAACACGUCACCACGUUACUCGCUAAGUACCCUAAUUCACCCUACGUUCUCGCUCUCAAAGCUCUCGUUCUAGAAAGAAUGGGGAAACCUGAAGAAGCUUUCUCAAUUUCCCUCAAUGCUAAGGAUAAUCUCUUUGUUAAUGAUGCUCUCUCGAUCGAUGAUCUCACGCUUAGUACAUUGCAGAUUGUGUUUCAGCGUAUCGACCGCUUGGAUUUGGCUACUGAAUGUUAUGAACACGCCUGUGGUAAAUUUCCUAAUAAAAUGGAACUGAUGAUGGGAUUAUUUAACUGCUAUGUUCGGGAGUACUCAUUUGUGAAGCAACAACAGACAGCUAUCAAAAUGUACAAGCUUGCUGGAGAAGAAAAAUACCUUCUUUGGGCAGUUUGUAGCAUCCAAUUACAGGUACUUUGUGGCAAUGGAGGAGAUAAGCUUUUAGUUUUAGCUGAAGGCUUACUUAAAAAACAUGCUGCUGCACAUAGCCUACAUGAGCCCGAAGCUGUUAUGGUUUACAUUUCCAUAUUGGAACAACAAGCUAAGUUUGGGGAUGCUCUGGAAAUUCUAUCUGGGAAAUUGGGAUCACUAAUGAUGAUUGAAGUUGAUAAGCUACGAAUGCAGGGGAGACUCCUGGCUCAGGCAGGUGACUACACUGCUGCUGCUGAUAUCUUUCAGAAAAUUCUAGAGUUAUGUCCAGAUGAUUGGGAUUGUUUUCUUCAUUACCUAGGCUGUUUGCUGGAAGAUGGCAGCAUUUGGUCUGACGAGGCUGUUAAUGAUCCUGUUCACCCCCCAAAAUUUAUCAGUUGCAAAGUAUCACACUUAACCGAUGAACAGUUUGACAGUCGGAUAUCAAUUGCGUCAGCUUUUAUACGGAAGUUACAAACAGACGCUUUUGAUAAUUCUAUAAGAUGUCCAUACUUAGCAAUAAUAGAAAUCGAAAGAAGAAAGCAUUUACGUGGGAAGGGAAAUGAUGACAACUUAAUGGAUGGAAUUGUACAAUACUUUUGCAGGUUUGGUCACUUGGCUUGCUUUACUUCCAAUGUUGAGAUGUUUUUUGAAGUCUUCACUACUGAUAAGAAGGCAGAGCUUUUGGAGAAGUUAAUGACAAGCAAUAAUAGAUUAUCAACUCCGCCUACCAAGACACUUGGGUUGUCUAUAAGCCUUUUCAAAAUUAAACAACAACUACUUCUAGGGGACAUGUUUAAGUCUUCUGCAAGCGAUGUUGAGGUCUCCUGUGUUCAGAUGUUUGAAAUGUAUUGCAAAAACCUUUCUCUUUCAAAAGAUUUUGAUCCUCAGGAGAGCAUGCAUGGCGAGGAGCUGCUUUCAAUCACAUGUAAUAUUUUGGUUCAGUUAUUCUGGCGUACCAAAAAUGUUGGCUAUUUGGUAGAGGCGAUCAUGGUUUUGGAGUUUGGCUUGUCAAUACGAAGAUAUGUACCACAGUACAAGAUAUUGCUAUUGCACUUGUAUUGUCACUUUGGUGCUCUUUCAGUGGCACAUGAAUGGUAUAAGUCUUUGGAUAUCAAGAAUAUCUUGAUGGAAAGUAUGUUACACCACAUUUUGCCUCAGAUGCUGUCCUCUCCACUAUGGGCUGAGUUAAACAGUCUGCUAAAGGACUACCUGAAGUUUAUGGAUGACCACUUCAGAGAAUCUGCAGAUUUAACAUAUCUUGCAUAUCAUCAUAAAAAUUACUCAAAAAUAGUUGAAUUUGUCCAGUUCAAAGAUAGGUUGCAACACUCCAGUCAGUAUUUGGUGGCACGAGUUGAAACACCCAUUUUACAGCUAAAGCAGAAUGCAGAUAACAUUGAAGAAGAAGAGGGCAUCCUUCAAAGAAUGAAAUGUGGGACUGACUUCCUUGAGCUGUCUAACGAGGUUGGGUCAAAGUCUUUAACUUUGAAUGAAGACUUGGAGACACGGCCCUGGUGGACACCGACAUUAGAGAAGAAUUACCUUUUAGGGCCAUUCGAAGGGAUUUCAUAUUGUCCUAGAGAAAUAUUGACCAAAGAGAGGGAGACAAGUUUAAAGAGAGGCAUUGAGAAGAAAUCCCUACUCCCACGGAUGAUCUAUCUUUCAAUUCAAAGUGCCUCGUCGUCAAUCAAGGAGCAUGUUGAGGUCAAUGGUUCUGUUACCCCAGACAUCACUUUGGAGCUGAAAAUAUUGCUGGAGCGCUUUGCACAAUUUUUGGGCUUUUCUCUUGGUGAAGCAAUAGAAGUGGUCAAGGGUUUUUCUAAUGGUGAAAGAUCUGUGGUUUCAGACUCAAACUUGAUUGACUGGUUGAAUUUCACUGUAUUCUUAAAUGCGUGGAACCUGAGUUCCCAUGAACUUGUACACCCAGACAGAAAUGAACGGAAGCCUAUUAUUUGGAAUAUCUUAGAUUCAUUGUUGGAGAAGUAUAUUUUAGAGAAGAUUAGGACCACGGAGCCCCAACUAUGCUCUCCUUGGAGUGACAUUCAACUUCUGAUGCAGCUAGUUACUGAACCUUUGGCAUGGCAUGGACUUGUGAUCCAGUCUUGUCUAAGAUCUUGUCUUCCAUCAAAUAAGAAGAAAAAGAAAAGUGGUUCGGUCUAUCAGUCUAGUUCAAAUUUGGCUCAUGCAAUCACAGAUUCUGUUCAGCAAUUAUCUCUUGUAUUGGAGGAUGUUAUCAAAUGGAUAAGUGAAUGGAACAGAAGAUCUGAAGAUGAGAACAUGGAGGGCAUUCUUUUUCUUCUUCGGAAAGAUGGGCAUGAUGAUGGGCCGGGCCGGGUCUUUCACAUUUUAGAAACAUUUAUUUCCUCUAUGAAUAAUGCAGAAGUUGGUGAUCGUAUCUAUCACUCACUUAAGUCAUGGAGUCCUGCCGAUGUUGCCAGGAAAAUUGUGAGAGGGAAGCUUAAAGUAUUGAUUGAAUUUUCAGCCAUUUGUGAGUCAAAAUUGAAGCUAUUGCAGUCUUUGAAACAGAAGGUAGCUCAACUGUGAAGAAAUGUCAUCAGUGGCUGGUGCUGGAGUUUUAUUUCAGGUUGACAAACAACUCUUCAAUCAGUCCAGAUAUGAAGCUUCAAUGUCCAGGGUUGAAAAAUUGUGCUUCAGUUGUGCCGUUAUUUUCAUUAGUUUCAUUCACUGAAUCCAUAUCAGAAGUUCUGUCAAUGUCACAGGGUUUUAUUGCUUGCCUACUGUUGAGUGUUGGCUCUAGUUUUUUGUUUGUCAUUCUGUAAAAUUUCUGCCGAGUGUACAUUAACAUACCCCCCUCUUUUUGAGCUGUUGGUGGAGAAUUUUAGCUGUUUGUUCGAGCAAAAAUUUUGGCAAUGUAUUAAUUGGUUUGAUUGUUUUGAAUGAAAAUAUAUUCUUGAAGUAUUC